AUGACUAAAAGGUUGACUAAAGUUGAAAGGGAUGUGGCUAUAAUGAAGAGACUUAUGGCCUUGGAUGAUGAUGAUGAUGAUAUGGUUGUUGAUGACACUCCACCAAAUUCUCCAGGAAAUAACCCUCCUCUACCUCCACCUCCAUUAACAAAUCUUCCUCCACCAUCUAAUCCUCCUCCUAAAACUCCUCCACCACCUCCUAACUCCCCUCCCCAAUCUGAUGCUGCCAAAAAGGGGAGAAUAGUUAAGGGUAUACUCAACCAAUGCAAAUAUGCUGAUGCUAAAACUGAUCAACCCAUUCCAGACACUGAGGUUCCUCAAGGAACUGAUAGUGACAUUGACUCUGACAAUGAUCAGCUCAAUCCUCGAAAGAGGAAGGCUUCCUUCUCAGGGGGAGCUUAUGACACUGAAGUUGGAAGCUCUUCUGUUGUUGUUGGUGAUCCUUCAAAAUCUCCUCUUAAAAAGAAAAGCAAACUCAUCAUUGAUCUAAAUUAA